CGUUUUUAUGAACCGGAGUCACUCCUGUAAGUCGUAAUCAAGCAAUCCAUAAAGCACUGAGCGCACCUGUACGGAAAAUGCCGAUUUAAAAUACGGAAAGUUACGGAAUGCAACGAAUCGCCUCUACGGCUGUGACGUCACAGGAGGUACAUGUUUAUUUUCACACUAUCAGUUACAAUGGCGUAUAGUUCAAGCAGCGAAAGUUUUGACGAGUUUUCAUCAAACAAUACUAGCUUGGACGAUCAUAGCUCACCAGAAGGAGAGAACUAUGGGGAAGGUAUUAACCCUUACCAAUUUGAACCGCUUAGGACAGCACUUGUCAGUUCUAACGAGUCGAACUCCGGGGAAGAAAAUGACGAUGUGGAAUCGACACAGCUACAGGAUGUUGGCGAAUGGUGUACAUGUCACAACUGUCAAAUGAUGGCAACAGCAGUAGAGUGCCGGUGUUGUUGUAGAGUCACCAGAGUAUCUGACAAGAUGGACGAGCACAAGACAGAAACUGGACAGGGCCUGAGUUGUAUUACUGCUCAUCCGGGGUUCAGUACAGUCUGCCUUGAUAGGUAUGUACUGGAGACAGCCUAUCUCCAGUAUCGUCAGCAGUAUGGGGAAAGGGACGAGGAAGACAUUAAUAGGAGACACAGAUAUACUGCGUAUCGGCAGCUGGCCAGAUGGUGUUGGGGCUACCUUGGGAAGGAAGUUCGAGUGGUCUUACCAUCAUGUGCCGUGAUAAAAAUAAGAACUACAUACCCAUCGGAGGAUUAUGAAGGGUUCCACUUUGCUGGAUAGGGACAUGAUUAUAUAGUCAUUUGACAUAGACUGAAAAGUUGUGUGUGUCUUUUUUAUUAUAUAAAAGGUUAUUUUGUAGAA